AUGUUGCAUAAAUACCUUCUUCUGCCACUUUUGGCAUCGUACGGUGCUGCUGUCACUAUUUCGGUAGCCAAAUCUGGAGGCAAUGCUACAUCAGGUUUGCAGUAUGGCGCGAUGGAAGAGGAAAUCAAUCACUGUGGCGAAGGAGGUCUUUAUGCCGAAUUGAUCCGCAACAGAGCUUUCCAGGGGAGCACCAAGUUCCCUUCGUCACUGGAGGCCUGGUCUGGUGUUGAGGGAUCAUCGCUGUCACUGAAGAACCUCGACGACCCACUGUCAACUGCCCUUCCGACUUCUGUCAAUGUCAAGGGCUCUGGCACAGCUGGGUUGGCUAACGCCGGCUACUGGGGGAUUGACGUUCGUCCACAGAAAUACACAGGGUCGUUCUACGUGAAAGGCUCUUAUAAAGGGUCUUUCACGGCCUCUCUCCUUUCUUCCAGUGGCAAAGUUCUGGCCACUGCCAAGGUUGCCUCAAAGAGCGUUGCAAACGACUGGGUGCAACAUAAGUUUGUUCUUACUCCCAAAGCGAAAGCUUCUGAUUCAAAGAAUACUUUCUCGCUGACCUUCGAUGCCUCGAAAGCAUCGGGUGGCUCACUUGACUUCAAUCUGAUCAGUUUAUUCCCACCCACUUGGAAUGAUCGCCCCAAUGGCAUGCGGAAAGACUUGAUGCAAGCUAUGGCUGAUAUGGGUCCUAAAUUCCUUCGCUUCCCAGGUGGAAAUAACAUGGAGGGUGAUAGCAUCGCCGGUCGCUGGAAGUGGAACGAGACCAUUGGACCACUCACAGACCGGCCCGGUCGUGCAACCACCUGGAAGUACCAAGAGACCCUUGGAUUAGGCUUGGUUGAGUACAUGGAGUGGUGUGACGAUCUUAACAUGGAACCCAUCCUGGGGGUCUAUGCUGGACUUGCUCUGAACGGAGAGGUUGUCCCGGAGGCUGAGCUCGAUUUCUACGUGCAGGAUGCCCUCAACGAGAUUGAGUUUUUGACCGGCUCUGUGGACACCGAGUACGGUGCUCUACGCGCCAAGGUUGGACACCCAGAGCCAUGGAAAAUUCGGUAUGUUGAGGUCGGGAACGAGGAUAUGUUGAGCAAUGGACUGGAGACAUACAAGGCCUACCGGUUCGCAGCCUUCUAUGACGCUAUCACGGCGAAGUACCCUGAUAUCCAGGUCCUUACGUCUACUAUCGACAUGACAAUUCCUGGAAAUGCGGGUGGUGAUUAUCACUUGUAUGAUAACGCGGAUAACUUUGUCAAGAAGUUCGACAUGUUUGACAAUUUUUCGCCAAAGCAUCCUAUCUUGCUCGGUGAGAUCGCCGCCACAUCGCCAUUGAAUGGAGUUGAUAUCGACUGGAGUGACACCCAUUUCUCUCAGUACCCUUGGUGGAUUGGAACCGUUGCGGAGGCUGUGUUCCUUAUUGGUGCCGAGCGUAAUGCUGACAAGAUCAUUGGAAGCACUUACGCUCCCUUCAUGAUGAACUUGGACAACUACCAAUGGUCGCCAACCAUGCUAUCCUUCAAUGCCGACCCUGAUCAGACGGCUCGCUCUACUAGCUGGCACGCGUGGAGCCUGUACAACCACAACGCCAUGACAGAGACUCUCCCAGCCACUUCCUCCGACGGCUUUGGUCCUCUGUACUAUGCGACAGGUCUCAACAGCAAGACCAAGUCGCACAUUUUCAAGGCAGCAGUAUACAACAGCACAUCCGAUGUGCCUGUGUCACUGACAUUCGAGGGUGUCGGCCGUGGCACCAAGGCAGACCUGACCAUCCUGACAGCUCCGGAUGCAUUUUCCAUGAACGAGGUGGGCGGGCCAAACAUUGUCAACACCAAGACGACCAAGAUCAAGGCUGGCAAGAAGGGCGAGUUCUCUUUCAAGCUGCCCAAUCUGAGUAUUGCCGUGCUCACUACCAAUUAA